GCUCGCGAUACCUUGCUUCCCUCUGCAUCCCAACGCAAACCCCCGCUUUCGGAAGAACGCAGCUGCAGAAAGAUCUGAAAUUAGGGUGUCUCGUUUUUCCGUUAAGCCAUGGUUCUGAUCCUGCAUGCAGGGAAGACAAAUAAAAAUGCUUUCAAGGCACUCAUUGCUGCAGAGUACAGUGGUGUGGAUGUCAAACCGGCUGAGAAUUUUGAGAUUGGUGUAUCAAACAAAGCCCCUGAAUUUUUAAAGAUGAACCCUAUUGGAAAGGUUCCUGUGUUGGAAACACCUGAAGGCCCCAUUUUUGAGAGCAAUGCGAUUGCUCGUUAUGUUACCCGCUUGAAGGCUGACAAUUCUCUAUAUGGUUGUACUCUAAUUGAUUAUGCCCAUAUUGAGCAGUGGAUUGAUUUUGCAUCAAUGGAGAUUGAUUCUAACAUUUCAAAAUGGGUUUAUCCCAGGAUGGGAUUUGGAGUUUUCCUUCCUCCCGCUGAGGAAGCUGCAAUUGCUGCAUUGAAAAGGGCACUGAAUGCACUUAACAGUCACCUUGUUUGCAACACCUAUCUGGUUGGGCAUUCAGUGACCCUUGCUGACAUUGUUUUGACAUGCAACCUUUACCUGGGAUUCAGUCAGAUUAUGACUAAAAGCUUUACUUCAGAAUUCCCUCAUGUCGAGAGGUACUUCUGGACCAUGGUUAAUCAACCAAAUUUCAAGAAGAUACUGGGUGAGGUGAAGCAGACUGAAUCAGUGCCACCUGUCCAGUCUGCAAAAAAGCCUGCCCAGCCAAAAGAAUCUGCUAAACCCAAGCCAAAGGAAGAACCAAAGAAAGAGGCUAAGAAAGAAACCCCUAAGCCUGCUGAGGAAGAAGAAGAGGCACCAAAGCCCAAACCUAAAAACCCUCUUGAUUUGCUUCCUCCAAGUAAGAUGGUUCUGGAUGACUGGAAGAGGCUUUAUUCUAAUACUAAGACCAAUUUCCGUGAGGUUGCAAUUAAAGGAUUCUGGGACAUGUAUGAUCCUGAGGGGUACUCACUCUGGUUCUGUGAUUACAAGUACAAUGACGAGAACACGGUCUCCUUCGUUACUUUGAACAAGGUUAGUGGAUUCCUUCAGAGGAUGGACUUGGCACGCAAGUAUGCCUUUGGUAAGAUGCUGGUUAUCGGAUCUGAACCCCCAUUCAAGGUGAAGGGAUUGUGGCUUUUCCGCGGGCAAGAGAUUCCACAGUUUGUACUCGACGAGUGCUAUGACAUGGAGCUGUAUGAUUGGAAGAACGUUGACAUUGCAGAUGAAGCCCAGAAGGAGCGUGUCAGUCAGAUGGUUGAAGAUCAUGAGCCUUUUGAGGGAGAGUCCCUUUUGGAUGCCAAGUGCUUCAAGUGAAAAAACACAACUCUAUUAGCUAAGAGAUUUUUAUGUCCUUUGUCAUUGGUGUUUUUGUUAAGAGUGUCUUUCUUGUUUCAAAUAGACUGCAAGGUGACGGUAUAACUUAUAUCCCAUUUUUGAGUUAUUGAUUUAGAUAUCUUUCAUAAACCUAUAUAUCCUUUUAGUGCGGAUGUGUGACUAAAAAUUGUUUUUUUUU